AUGGCGAUCGCAGAACCUCAGACGACUUCAAAGAAAGAGGACGAUGAAAUCUCUCUGGCGGAUUCCGACGACAUGGGCGUCGACGACGACGCGGCGUUCGCGUUACCGCCGACCAAAAUCGAAAUCGAUCCUUCCACGGGGAUCAAAACGGUCACGGAGUACCGAGUGAAAGAAGACGGAUCGAAAGUUCGGUCGAUCAAACGAGUGAAAGUGCACAAAGUGUCCAAAACGGUGACGAAGGAAAUGCUGGAGAGGAAAAACUGGGCCAGGUUUGGCGACGCGGCGAGGUAUAAAACAGGAGACGAGAGCAUGACGGCGGUGUCUUUAGAGGAGAUUUUCUUGGAGCGAGCGAGGUUGCAACCGAAAUCGGAGUUGGAGAAAGCGAACGAUCCGUUGAAGGCGAUGGCGAGCAGUCAAACGUCUCUGUUAGUGUGUAGAAUUUGCGGGAAGAAAGGGGAUCACUGGACGACGAAGUGUCCGUAUAAAGAUUUGGCGGCGAUGGGCGACAAACCGCCGGGAAGCGACGGACCGGGCGGCGAUAAAGCCGGCGGCGGCGCCGGCGGGUACGUGCCGCCGUCGAGAAGAGCCGGGGCGAGCGCUGGUGAAGGUGACUCCAUGAACAGACGAAGAGAAGAAAAUUCGGUCCGAGUAUCCAACUUAUCCGAAGACACGAGAGAGCAAGAUUUACAAGAGUUGUUCAGACCGUUUGGUCCCGUGACCAGAAUCUACGUCGCGUUCAACCGAGAAACCGGAGAGAGCAGAGGGUUCGCUUUCGUCAAUUUCGUCAACAGAGACGACGGUCAAAGAGCCAUCGACCGUUUGGAUGGGUUCGGUUACGAUAACUUGAUCUUAAGAGUCGAAUGGUCCGCGCCGAGAGAGGAAAGACGAUAA